AUGAACAAUCGACCAGUCGAACAGGCGUUGGCCACAUUGGUGCCAACGCAUGCCAGUGAUCUACCCCAGGAACUUCUCAGCUAUGCGAUGUCCCUGGUUGCGCAAUCUCGGAGCUUCUCGGCCAGUCUGAAGCCCGAAGAGGAGAUCGCGCGUCCGUACGCCUGUGCGGAGAUUGCCUGUAGAAGAAUGAGCCGCACCUUGAAGCUUCCCCCGCUCCUAGGACGUGCGCCAUGUCCUCCGCGCGUAUACAAAAAGCUUUACUCAUACCUCGAUCGAUCUCUAACAGCAAGCUCAGUCGGAAUCAAACGAUCAGCAAGUGGAUCUGUCGCUGGAUCUCCUUCACGCGCUGGGUCUGCGCAGACAACGCCUACCAAAGUCAGGAACACCCCUUCCAAGGCGGUAGCUCCCACGCCACGAGGACUCCAAAACACCCCCUCGAAACCUACACCUCUGAAGCGGAGUAUGAGUACGGCUAAUCAUCUUGAGAGCCCUUCAAAAUCAGCAAGGAAGGUUGCAACUCCUCGACCUAAAGAAGUCACUGGCUCCACUGUCAUCCCCGAUGCGCCUGCUUGGGUGAUGACGGCCAUUCGGACUGUAUGCAAGAUACUUUCGACACCCGCACCGCGCACAAAUACCUGGUCUCGACCUCCAAUUUCAAGAACUCUUCCUCCCCACAUCUUCUCUGGCGUGUCGUCCAUUCUUUACCUCACUUCGAGUAUGUCCAAUGACGAAGCUGGAUGGGAUGAGGAGGCAUUGGGAUUCCUGGAGCCAAUUGUUUCCAUCAGCGGCUCAGAUAAGGAUGAUGACUUCAAAGAACUGGUAUAUGCUCUGGCUGUGGCUGUAUACUUCCUUGUCCUUGCACGUCGACGCAAUCCCGGGCCAGAUGAAGAGGCGAACAUCGAAACGCAGAAGAUGGACAAGAAGACAUUUAUUGAAAUGCGCCAGACUGCGUUAAACAGUCUUGGUCUCACUAACGAUCGGCGGCACCGUGACGACGUGGACCAGUGGAUUGCUCUGAUCAUGGAGCACGGCUGGGCCAAUGGCCAGGAAUGGUUCGAGAACAUCGCCUACGCUGGGCAACUCUUUGGGGAGGACGAGGAAGGAAAGUCUUACCAGGACUUGGAUCAGGAAGAUGCCAUACUCAGGGGUGUCAGACCACCCAAGCGUUCAUCCGCAGCUCAGGGCACCUCAGCUUCACAGCCCGAUCACCCUCCCCGAGAUGGUCUUCUGCCUGGCUUGGGAACAAUGAUGCAGGAUCGUGUUGACUGGUUGAGUGAUGAGCGUCGAGAAGAAUAUGUAGAUUGGAAGACGGAGCUCAUGACCCGCAUCCAAGGUGCAGCGGCAUAA